UGAUGAAUGAGAACUGUCUUAAACAUGCACUACUGAGAAAAAGGAACGUCACUGAUAUCCUACACUGCUAAAGCGUGGCUUAUGUCCAGCAUUGAACCUUAUUGCGCAAGAGCCCGAAAAAGGGGGAAUUCCCCACUGUCCACGACCCCCGUCCACCCACAGACAGAUUGGUGGACGCAACGACGUCCGGGUAGAGUGCGCAACGAAGCGAGCCGUUUUCACGUGUUCAGGAAACAUCGAUUCCAAGGGUGCGGCGCCUGUUUGCAGAACUUGGAGUGGAGACCAGCGAGAAUUUCUAGUUGGGCCGUUUUCUUCAACAGCGGCUUCGUCUCAGGCUUCAACUGUUUUUUAACUAGCUGACUUUGAAGCUGUAAGCGCAGUAAUUAGUCUAAUAGUGCCACAAAACAUUACAUAAGAUGCUAAAUAGCCAGGAAUUACGGUAAUCUAAUUUAUUUUGAACGCUUCAGGCCCACAAUCGGGGAUUGGUUUUGGGAGCGCAGGCUGAGACGGAGCCCAAGUCGAGUAUUGGAAAACGGCCUUGGUCCGCAGGUGCUGGUAAUCUGUCGUGAACGAGCCGCGCCCGGGCCCCGCGGGCGCCCGCGGGCAUGUACAAUGUACUGUUUGUGUACCGUAGAUACUACCUGGUAGAGCUGAUCAGAGACUGUAAUCGGGUUGAAUUUUCUCACUUCAUCUAAGAACGUCAACAGACACCAUGUCACUUUCAAAUUCAGAGAUGACUGCAUUUACUUCGAUCUUUGUCCUCUUUUGGGCACUACCUGUUUCGUGGAUGAUUGUCUUGUCAGAUGCGUCUGGCUUGUCGUCUGAUGUGAAUUCAUCAGUGAGUGAACAUGGUCGUGAAGAGAGAGCAGCGCAGGAUUUCACAGAAGGUCCAAACGGGGAGCUCUGCAUCUUAUUCAGACAAGAGCAUGAUCUAUACUAUGAUCAUAUUGAUGGAGACGGAAGAGAGUGUAGGUGCGAAGCUUGCCGGCCAGGAAGAAUUCUGUCUCAGAAUUGCACCUGUGAUCCUCUUUCACCAGAGUAUCAAAUCCCAGUCUGCACUUUGGUAGAGAAAGGAAAGCAGAGAAUGCCCUAUGUCAACAUAUGCUCUCGAGGCUUUGACUGUAAAAGUUGUGAUGAUCCAUGGACUGUUAAAAGUGAAUGUGAUCCCUCUGGAUAUGAUGACACAGAGUGUGAGUGCGUCAAGCAAGGCUUCUAUCAACCUGACCGAGAGCACUGUCUCCCCAUUCCUCGUUGUGAUAAGGGAUGUGAGGCUGUCCCGGGACAUGGUGAGUUUGGCUCAGAAAUCAGAUGCCAGCAGUGCUCUGAGGGAUAUCACCAGCCCCAUGAUGAUUCAUCUGACAAGUGUCGCAGAACCAGGGUGUGCACAGUACGGGAAGGGACAAUAUAUGCUGAUGCCAUUUGCUUGAAUGACCCUGAAGUAGGUAUGGCGACAGGCCAUCCAGACACUAUUACUGGUGCUAAUCUUGAAGUGACAAAUAAAGGGGGAGAGACUACUGUAAGACCUGAGGUGGAUGUCACCAAAGCUGUUUCUGAUGCUCCUACAACAGAGAGUGGGAAUUUACCUUCCACUGAAGAGGCAUCUAAUAACAACACAGAUCCUAUACAGUGCCAAGACUGUGAAAAAUGUGCACCAGUUGGGGUUCAGUGUGUCACACACAUAGCUGCAUUUGUAGCGGGCAUUGUUGUGUGUUGCCUUAAGCAAAUUUGGAGCUGUCUGUGCAGCCUUUGGAUCCGUCUCCGAAGCAUCCGUAGGAGGGGCUCAUACGUGAUUGCUCCACAACGAUCAGUCAGUCUCGAAGAGGGUGGAGCCGGUAGAGCCGGUGGAGCCGGUGGAGCCGGUGGAGCUGCACGAAACAAGAAAAACAAAAAGGGGAACACUCGAAAAAGAUCAACAUCAAGUAGCAAGAAAAAAGGAAGAAGCAGUGUCUCAAAACUUUGAUGGAAGUCCAAAGAAUUUUGCGACAAUCUGAAGGACAUUAAGCUCAACCAUCAGUGAUUUGAUGUGAAAAGUUUGAGUUUUAAGGUGUUGACAUUGCUACAUUGGAUCUGUGGCGAAAAUAUGCAACCCAGCUCACUCAUUUAUAUACAAUGUUUUUAAAUGCACAUUUAAAGCAUAUCAUGAAAUGAUGAGCAAGAAAAUGGUUCCUUUGAUUUUUUCUCUGUGGUCCAAUAUUUUUAGUGGUGAUUGAACCAAUAUUAUGUCAUUAAGAGACGUCAUUUAGACUCUUUUUAUCCUUGCUGAUCAGAUGAAAUUUCAGAUAAUUUGGAUUUUUAUACUUUUUUUACACCAAAUUGUGUGAGUAAUAAUUUAUAUGAUGUCUAAAAUAAAGUAGUUGGUAUUCCAGAAGUUUUGUGUAGGAAAUAAUAAGAGCAAGAAACAACUAGCCUUAAAGUUUUUAAAACUGUUUAUUCU